AUGAUCGUCACAGAUGACGAAGACUCAUAUUCUGAGGUCAAAGUGGAAGAUCCACAGGUAUUCCUCAGAACAUCCAGUAGGAGAAAUCUGCAGUGCGCCUGCCAAGGGGGCUGCGCAAAUAAAAUGUGUGGCUGCCGUAAGUGGAAUACAUCGUGCACGGAGAACUGCCGCUGUGAGUUAAGGAGGUGCCAGAACCGUGAGCCCUCUUACCUGGAAGAACAAGUAGAUCUGAAGGACAGCUUCGACCCUGAAGAUCCUCCUUCAAUAACCAGAGGAGACACUUCUUCCAGAACACUACUUACCAGAGAGAAUCAUGGCUCCAUGAGGUCUAGGGGAGAAAAUACUAAAUGCUACAUCUUUUCUGUACUGGCCAGAUUUCCUCCAUAG